AUGGUGAUGUCCCAGGGCACCUACACCUUCCUCACCUGCUUCGCGGGCUUCUGGCUCAUCUGGGGGCUCAUCGUGCUGCUGUGCUGCUUCUGCAGCUACCUGCGGCGGCGGGUGAAGCGGCAGCAGGAGGAGCGGCUGCGGGAGCAGAGCCUGCGCGCGUUGGAGCUGGAGCCGCUGCACUACGAGGGUUACGGGGGCAGCCCCCCCGGCAUCGCCAUUCCCCACCGCCUCCGCCUCGAGCCCCACCAUCAUCACCCCCACCACAUCCCACCCCCCCGGCCCUGGAGCUGCCGGCACGAGUCAGACCUGUCGAAGCCGCCGUGCUACGAGGAGGCGCUGCUGAUGGCGGAGCCCCCCCCGCCGUACAGCGAGGUGCUGAUGGACACGCGGGGGCUCUACCGCAAAAUCAACGCCCCCUUCCUGAGCCACGAGCGGCUGGAGAAGCAGGAGCAGCCCCCCAGCUACAAACCCCUUUUCCUGGACGCCGGCUACGGUUCGGCACUGCACCUGCCCCGCUCGGCCAGCCCCGGUCCUGCCUGCCCGGACCUCUACCUGCAGGCAGAAUGUUCCCCCCGCAUGUUUCCCAGCUGGACGGACUCGGAGCUCAGCAGCAGGGACACCUACGAGCCGGGACCCUGGCACCUCCCGGUCUCCAUGCCCCUCUUCGGCAGGACUACCGCUGUCUAA